AUGUGCAUUGGUGGACCCGCACUGAUAUACUAUGUAACCCCAACAGAGGAGGAGCUCUUCCUGCGAUACAACCCAGAACUUCAACGCCGCUCGCUCGAACGACGAAAGGAGAAGCAGGAAGACUUUGACAACUUCGUCAAUAAAUUGAAGGAGUACUCCAAGAGUGAUAAGCCUGUCUGGACAGUCUGGGAAGAAGAAGCCGAGAAGCGACGUCAACUUGGUAUCACGGCUGAACUCGAUAGGCGGCGAGCAACGGCUGCGGAAGCUGAGAAGCUGAAGGAGGAGAUGAAGAACUCGCUGAGAUGA